AUGACAAAUACAUUAGGUACACCAAUAUUCCAGAUUCCAAACUUGUCAAGUACAGAAUUUCUUAACGAAACAAUAAAAAUAGAACAAGAGAUUGAUGAGAUCAAUUCAUACGUUAAACAAAUUCAAACUGUUCAUGAAAGAUUAUUAACAGCAACAUCGGCCUAUCAAGUAACAAUAAUUUCUAAAGAGCGAGAUCAACUUACAGAUAAAUUAAUAAUAUUACUUACAGAAACAAAAAAUCGUAUUAAAAAGAUAGAAUCCGAAAAUAUAAAAUUUCAAAGAAAUCAUCAUCCAGAUGCUGUAAUACGAAAUAAUCGACAUGGACUUCUUAAACAAAAAUUUACAAAAGCUUUAAAUACUUACCGAGAAAUUGAAGAUUUAUACAUGCAACAAGAAAAAGAUAAAAUAAUAAGAGAUUAUCAAUCAGAGAAUCCUGAAGCGACACAAGAAGAUAUUGAAAAUUAUCUUCAAAGUCUAAAUGAACAACCUAUGAUUUCAAUAAAUAUACAAUUACAUGUUGAAGUAAGUGAUGAAAAGAUAGAACAAUUAGAGGAAGAAGUUGAACAACGUGCGGUUGAUUUGGAACAG